CAGUCCCCACAGCAAAAAUGGAGCACAGUUGAACUGCAGCCCUCCAUACAAACGAGUUCUUUCACGCACCUGCAUUGAGAAGUAUCUCGUCAGCACUUAAUGACUGUAGAAACUGAUUCACAGGAUUCAGUUGAGUGAGCCAUCCAGAAUCCACAUUGUUCCUUGCCAAAAAUCGAACCGCUACCUUCAUGCCUGAUUUCGCACACUGCUGUAAUGGUGUAGCGAUGAACUUCACGGCUCGUUGGAAUUCUGCAUCAGUCGUUCUAUUUGAAAGGGCGAAUAGAUAAGUAAUGUGCCAAUAGUUGUUGAGACUUGGAUCUGGUGUAGUUGUAG